AUGGCUAAUCGAUCAUCAGCAUCCUUACGAAGCCGAAAUACGUCUUCAACAGGUAGCACAGGUGGAUUGAAUCUGUCUCGUGCACAAGAAAAAGAACAAUUGGAAACACUAAACAAUCGUUUGGCUGUUUACAUUGAUACUGUUCGUCGUUUGGAGCAAGACAAUAAAGAAUUAAAGAGUAUUAUUGCAUCUUAUAGUGAUACAUAUGAAGUCGAAACAUCGAAAGUCAAACAAUUGUACGAACGCGAACUUGAAGAUGCGAAGAAACUUAUCGAAGAACUUGCUAGAGAAAAGUCACGCUUAGAAAUCGAGGCUGAAAAAUCGAAUGCCGAAGCACAAGAUGCAUUAGCGAAACUCGCUCGUAAAGAACGAGAUUUACGGGCUGCUGAAGGUCGUUUGAAACAAUACGAGACCGAACUGAGUGACUUGAAAGCACGCAACGACGCACUUGGAUUCGAUGCGAAUCGAAAAACUGAUGAGAAUGUGAGUUUACGUGGUACUAAUGCUGAUCUCGAUAAACAAGUGACGGCAUUGAAACGUCAACUUGAAUCCGAAACACUUCUUCGUGUUGAUCUUGAGAAUAAAAACAAAACAUUACGUGAAGAACUUCAAUUCAACGCUCAAGUCCAUGAAACAGCUAUCNGGGCCGUUGUAAGAAACGAACAUCUUCACAACUCCAAGCACAUCAAAACUCAAGAUCAGUUCUUCUCGAACGUCUGCCCUUUAGUUUCCGACGUGCCACUAUGUGUUACUAUCCUUUUUUUCUUUUCGUUUGAUUUUACAGGUACCGACCUCCCAGAUGAUGAUUAUACGACCUUAGUACCGCCGGUGAAACAAGUCAAUGGUGCAAAUCGAAAAUUACCACAAGUACCAAUUAUUGUAGAAAACAAAGAAAAUGAAUCACCGACUGCAAAAACGAAAAGAUCUCAUGCAAAUACAACUGAUCGACAGAAAACCAAUGUAAUCGGAACAUCAAGACGACAACUGAGUCUUAAUCGUGGACCGACAAAUCGUGCUCAAUCGGCUCCAUCAUCACCCGCUCUGUCACAUAACAAUAAACAAAAAUCAAGACGGAAUCAAAUGUUGCUCGAUCACAUGGAUAUAGACACAAAAUCUAUAUCAAGUGAUCAAGGUUCAAUAUCGAUUAAUGGUCCAAAUAAUAGUUUAUCAUCAGGUUCACUUGAAAUUCGUUUGAAAUUUGAUGCUAAAAACAGUAAAAUGUGGGUUUUCGUUAUCAAAGCAUCAUUAGAUAUGAAUCAACGUGCAUCAAAACAAUUACUUGUACAAAUACAUCUAACUAUGUUGCCAAAUAAACGAAUUCGUUUUCGUACACGAGCCAAGCCUGCUGAUAAUGCGAUGUUUGCUGAAGAAUUUUUCUGUAAAGUCUCACCUGAAUCGAUACAAACACAAGGCAUCCGGUUUCGAUUAUACACAAAUGAACGUUUCAAACGGGAGAAACUUCUCGCUGAAGCCACAGUCAUGUUUGGUUUAGUCAACCUUGAUGAAGAUAUGUGUAAGAUCAUUCCAUUAGAACGUGUUUACAUGUCUGAUGAUUCGGAUGUAAGCAGUUCACGUUCACGAACAAGUAGCAUCGCUCCGUCCAGAAAAAAUUCUGUAAUAACGAGCACAGGAUCGAGUAGUUCGCUUUUACCCGAACUUGAAAUCGGUCUAGCUUACGAUAGAAAUCAAUCAAUACUUAUUCUUGAGAUAGGAAAAGGUAUCAAUUUCGGUAUGGCGUCACAAGGACGAGCACCAGACGCUUUUGCUCAGAUCACACUUCUCAAUGCAAAUGGUGUGGAAAUGCUAUCGAAUCGCACAGUUACACGUCGUACUCAACAUCAUCCUGUUUUUGCUGAACGUUAUCCAUUUAACAUUCAAGAGAGUCUGCUCGAUCAAAUCACACUUGUAAUUACGAUUAUCAAUAAAAGUUCCACAGGAAAACAUGAUCGAAAUCUUGGAUGGAUAUCAUUCGGACACGGUGCCAGUGGUAAUACUCAAGUUGCUCAUUGGGAUUCGAUGCUCAAUGCACAAGGUGACACAAUAACACGAUGGCAUGCUUUACUAGAAAGUUAA